CCGAAUGAUUCUGCGCUCCCCCUCCCUUCUCUCCCUCCAUAUGUGUGAGGAAGAUGGUUGCAAGCAGCGUGGGCCUGUUUUUACUGUCGCACAUCCUGCCGUGAUCCCACCGGGAGGAAGCGGAGGAGAAGAAUCCCUCCAUUCAGAUCCUGAGGUGGGAGGAACAGGCCUGGAGUCAGCCAGAGCAGAGAGCUGUCUCCAGCAUGCAGCGUCACUCGUCUGAAGUGGCCCGUCUGUAUCAGACUGAGUUCAUUCGGAGCGCACGGGCGGUGGGCAUGCUUUGGGCCAUCUGCACGCUCUGCUUUGCCAUUAUUGAGGUGGUCAUUCUCAUCCAGCCUUCAUGGGUGGGCACACGAGAGCUACACUACCGAGGAGGGGGUCCGGCUCCUCCGACCGGGACACUGGGCCUCUUUGAGGUCUGCAUGGAGAUGGAUUGGCCUGUCCCAGAAUGCCGGGGAUCUCUUCGCACCCUGACUCCACUCUCUGCGUUCCAGUCUCCCGCUGUGUUGGUGUGCAUGUCUCUGACUAUGGUGUGGGCCAGCGUGGGCUGCCUGUGUCUGUUCAGAUUCUGCAAUGCAGCAACCGUCUAUAAGAUCUGUGCUUGGCUGCAGCUCACAGCAGGCUUCUGUUUGGCCCUGGCGUGUGUGUUGUUCCCAGACUCCUGGGCGUGUGCUGAGAUGCGGGCGCUGUGCGGGGACCGUGUGAGUAGUUUCUCCCCGGGGAACUGCUCUGUGCACUGGGCGUAUAUACUGGCCAUGCUGGGGGUGCUGGACGCUGGCAUACUGUCCACGCUGGCUUUUGUUUUGGGGAAUCGCCAAGAUGCCCUGCUGCCAGAAGAUGCCAAGGAUGGUGAUGUGACUGGCUUGUUACUGGCAGCAUAAAGCAGGCCUGAGCUGUUCUCAACUUCUCUCUUGACAAAUAAUGAUGACAUAAAACAUGUGAAGAGACGCUUCUCUCUUCCCCCUCAGCAUGAUGUCACCGUCCUGUGAAUUCUGCUUACAUAACCUGUCUGCAUAGAAACAGUCACCUGGCAACAGUAUCUGAGUCCUUUCUCCCCUGACGGAGGAACAUUACUCUGAUCUUGUAAUGGCGGCUCUAAAUAGAGAAGAGGCAAGGCCAUUUUCUUUAGUGCAUUUCCAAGAGGAGGUAUAGUCGAGGUCUCUGUGAUCACAGAAGACAUGUGGUUUUCAAUUAAAUGAUAUUUAGAGGAUUGACUGUGAUGUUUGAUUCCAUGUUCUAGAUGUUUUUGUGCAUGAAUUUAAGAUGAGGUCUGAAUUUAUAUGUAAUUAGAGAUUCAGCAUAAUAAUACUGUAAAUCUAUUUAGUUUGUUUUGUUUUUGGUCAGUAAAGUCUUAAUCGUUUAGAUUUACUGAUUUGAUCAUCUUUAAGCUAAAGGUAGCAAAUUACAGUGCUCAUAUUUCAGUCAGCACAAAAU